UCAAUGAGCGGCAGCUUUAGAAACGAACAUGAUCUCAGUCAUAGACAUUACAAACGUAUUUAGUAUAAAUGUCUGUGAUCUCAUUCUUCUCCUCCAGGGAGUUUAACAGAUGAAUCCUCAUCAGAUCAGGGAGAAGAUGAUCUGCAGGAUCCUGCUGCUCAUCAUCCUCAACUCAUGUCUCUGUGCAGCAACAUUUGUAGUGAAUGUGACACAGAGCUCCUAUCAGGCAGAGGAGAACCACAGCAUCACUCUGGAGUGGACCUUCACCACCACACCUGAUGGACCCUGGAGAGAGCUGGUCAUCUACUGCUUCUUGUUAACUCCUCCCAGAGUAUUAUUUAGGUAUCAGGGCCAUGAUGGUGUUGAGGUGUCAGAGUCUCAGGAUGAACAGUUUUCAGGACGAGUCCAGAGUGACAAAGACGUCCUCAGAGAAGGACGGAUCAGACUCCAUGUGUCCAGACUGAGGACUGAAGACUCUGGUCUGUAUGAGUGUCAGGUAUACACUGGUGAUCAUGAAGACUCUGAAAAAUGUCGACUCAACGUCUCUGCAGCUGCUGAUCAGCUUCAACCUCAGAGACCAACUUUGACUCCAGAACCAGAGAGAAUGACUAAGAUCAUCUGGAUCACAGCAGCAGCAGCUUUGGUGGUUUUAUGCAUUAUUGUCCUGGUUUUUAUAUUUAUUUGUAAAAGGAAGAAGAAGAAAAGGGUUCAAAUAUAAUAACAUUGUGUUUAAGAAACAUCAUCUGAACUCUUGAAGGACAUUGCGAGAAAAAUCUUAAACUUCUGUUUUAAAGAAUUUAAAAAUAUUUAAACUUUUGAGAUCUAUCAAUC